AUGAAUAAUUUUAUUAGUUUAUUAAAUACAACAUUACAUCAAGAAAAAGUUGGUGAUGAUAAGUCUGAUGAUGAAGCUACUAUAGAAGAAGAAACAUUAAAACCUAUAGAGGAGAUUGAAGAAGAUAUAUUUGAUGAACCAAAGUCUAACAGUGACAACUUACAACAAUCAGAUAAUAAUUAUCUAGAUAAUACCAUACCUAAAUCUGUCUCAAUGCCAAGUAUUGAAACUUUAGCUGAUACAUCCAGAUUGAUGCAAAGAAUACAACUUUUACAUACUGAUUGUGUAAAGGGAGUAGGUGUAGAAAGAUUAAAAAGAGCCUAUGAUAUUUUAAAUAACAUAGAAGAUGAUGAAGUUGAACCCAAAUUGGUAGCAUUGCUUGGUAAAGAUGAUUUUGAUGAAUAUGCUGGUAAAAUCUGGCAAUUGAAGUUUUGUGAAGAAUCAUUAUUUACUGCUAUAUAG